AUGAAUUACCGUUUACUAGCUGUGCAGGCGACAACAACACUGGGUGGAACAGGCAAGUUACGUGCUAAGGCUAAGACGAGGUCGGCUCGUGCUGACUACUUGGCUGCUGUGCUCGAGUACCUUUCUGCUGAGGUGCACGAGUUGGCAGGCAACGCUGCUCGGGACAACAAGAAGACCCGCAUCAUCCCACGCCACUUUCAGCUCGCCAUCCUCAACGAUGAGGAGCAUAACAAGUUAUUAGGCGGUGUAACCACCGCACAGGCUGGCGUUCUGUCUAACACUCAGGCUGUUCUUUUGCCCAAGAAGACGAAGAAGUUUGCAGAGUAA